AGCUGUCAGCUUUCACACAAAGUUAUGUUGCUUUCUAAAAGAAGAAAAAUAAUCCAUAAAUAAUUAGCAUCGAAUACGUAACGAAUAUAAAUCUAAUGGAGAUUUGCUGUGCGCGUUAAUCAGUCACUUCUUUCUCCCCCUAUAGGGUCUGUAACUUUCAACCCUUUCCGCUGCCAGCCGCAGUAAAUUCCUGGCGGCAAUCUCAUCCAAACGCAACCAUGCCUGGAGACUCGGGAAAAACUGAUAUGGAGCGGAUCGGCCUCUUCCAGGAGAUGCCCUAUAUCACCGUUCAAGAUCCCUACAUAGAUGGAGUGCCAAAACCCUUCAAUGAGUCCGCUUAUAAAGGCAAGCAAAUGUUGUUGGAUGGCACUAAAUCAAGAUGUGCCACACAGGCAGGAUACUUUAAUCCUGAAUUUGUGAGGAUCUUCGAAAAUGAAAGCUAUUCUGAUAUGAUUAAAUUGAGAAGACAAGCAAGGUUGAAAGCAGCUACAAAGAACCUAGGUGGAGUUUUCUUUCCUAGUCAAGGUGCCAAGAAGCCUAAUGGAUUGGGCACGUACUAUGGAACAAUUGGUGGUUCGUUUGAAGCAUUCAGUGGGUUGGCACGGCCAAAGCCACCAUUUGUCCCCGAAAAUAAAAACUUUUACACCAAUCCUGGAAAACGUGGAACUGGAUAUGGGUAUGCCCACCUUACCAUAGGAGAAUCAUGUGGCCACUCUCCAGAUCCCUAUACAAUAAAAAGUACAAAGAAAGAUACUUUCCUUGGAGGACCGUUUCGACUGAAUCUUUACCCAAAGGAUUACUUUGACAGUAAUCCUUACAGCACUGAUAAGAUUUUGCCUCCAGUAAAACCUCCUGCACUGGCAAAGAAAACAGAAACUCCAUUUAAACCUACCUCUCCAGGAAAAUUGCCUGGUGGUAUGAAGGCUGGCACAUUUGAUGAAUAUCCAUCGCAUUUCAGUCCUUUAGCCAAGCCUCCAAAGGUGGAUCCAAAAUCUCGUGAACGUUUAAUUUUCCGCCCCAACCCUGGACUUAAGAGCAGACCGAGUAAAAGCGUCGUUUUGGCAAAUGUAAACAGGGUAGUGAACAACAUGAACUACAAGAGUAUUGAUCGUAUAAUGUCUUACUAA